CCUUCGUUUCUCUGAAAGUAUCGGGUAUAAUAUUUCACGUCUCUCCUCACCGUAACAAUUGUCAGUAUUACCACGAGAAGAGAAGUCACCUGUAUGGAGGUGGCUAAGUGAUUAGGUAAAAAGUAAGAAAAGACACCGAAGUAGUUAGUACUGCGGAGGAAUUUCUGUCAAGCUGUGAGACGACGGUGAAGAGCGAAGGCGAUUGCGAGGGGCUGAGGGAAUUGUCCUCUGUGCAAGGGACUUUCAUUAGUCCCCAGGUCCCUGCCUGCCCCUACCGUCAGCAGGGAGAUGGAAAACUUGAUGACUAGUUCUGCCCUGCCGCCCCUUUUUGCAGAUGAAGAUGGCUCCAAGGAGAGUAAUGAUCUGGCUGCAGCUGGGUUAACACACCCCGAAGGUCUGUAUGGCAGUGCGGCCGCAUCAUCCACCAACAACCCAGAAUUUGUGGAGGACCUCUCCCAGGGCCAGCUGCUUCAGAGUGAGUCUUCCAAUGCUGCAGAGGGCAGUGAGCAAAGGCAUGAAGAUGAGCAAAGAAGUAAACGAGGAGGUUGGUCCAAGGGGAGAAAAAGGAAGAAACCUCUUCGAGACAGCAAUGCACCUAAAUCCCCCCUUACAGGAUAUGUUCGAUUCAUGAACGAGCGUAGAGAACAGCUUCGGGCAAAGAGACCAGAGGUCCCAUUUCCAGAAAUCACAAGGAUGUUGGGCAAUGAGUGGAGUAAACUGCCUCCUGAGGAAAAACAGCGCUACCUUGAUGAAGCAGACAGAGAUAAGGAGCGUUACAUGAAGGAACUGGAACAGUAUCAGAAGACCGAGGCCUACAAGGUCUUCAGUAGGAAAACCCAGGACCGUCAGAAAGGCAAAUCUCAUAGGCAAGAUGCAGCCCGACAGGCCACUCAUGAUCAUGAGAAAGAAGCAGAAGUAAAGGAACGCUCUGUUUUUGACAUCCCUAUAUUUACAGAAGAAUUCCUGAACCACAGCAAAGCUCGUGAGGCAGAGCUCCGCCAGCUUCGUAAAUCCAACAUGGAGUUUGAAGAACGGAAUGCAGCACUACAAAAGCAUGUGGAGAGCAUGCGCACAGCAGUGGAGAAGCUGGAGGUAGAUGUGAUCCAGGAGCGGAGCCGAAACACCGUCCUUCAGCAGCACCUGGAGACCCUGCGACAGAUGCUGACCAGCAGCUUUGCCAGCAUGCCCUUGCCUGGAAGUGGAGAAAUUCCCACAGUGGACACCAUUGACUCAUACAUGAACAGAUUGCACAGUAUAAUUUUAGCUAAUCCCCAAGACAACGAAAACUUCAUAGCUACGGUCCGAGAGGUUGUGAACAGGCUUGAUCGUUAAGCACCGAUUUUAGUGCUCCAAAAUGGACCAUGUUCGCUUGUGCAGAAUGAGAAGUCAUCCAUGAACAUAUGAACUGAGACGGGGCAGAGGACUGCACAUCUCUCCCUGUGCAAGACUGUCAGUAAGUGAAAUGCCUUCACCCCAGCAAGCUGUGUGAAGGAGCAGCAAAGGCGGAUGUGUGAGCUCCGCAGAAAUGCCAUGUGAGAAGCUCUGAGAGUGUACAGCCCCUCACUGUCCUCGUCUUCUUAGGGUCCUCUCAUUUCCAUUUCUGCUCAAGUAGACGCGCAUACAUUCUUCCGACAGUGGUGACCCUGAGACUGACAUCUCCUCCACAGCAGAAAGGAAGGUUCUCAUUGUGACAUUCCACUCCAGUUUUCUUACCUAGACGUCCCUUUUCUAAAUGCCUCUGGUGGGGACUGCUUUCCUUCACUCCCACCAAGUUACAUAGCUCCAUUUUCUGACCUCUGGGCUUUGUUGCUCAGCGGGGCUCUGAAGGAGAAUUCUCAUUGGAUGAGCCCAAUCUUCUCCCAUCACUGCCCUGCUGUGACUCCAAAGAAGAGAGCGUCCUUGUUGACAGUGCCCUGUGGAGUAAGGCAGUAUUUCAUGCCCUCCAUGGUGCUCAGUGGGAGCCAGCCCUCAGCAGGCUCUGUGAUUGCUACCCUGAAGGACAAUGCUCCCUCCUUCCUUCCUGGUCCUGCCUGCUGUUCUCUGAGCAUUGCUCCUGCUCAGACACAGAGUCCCAGCCACAGCAAGGCUCUUCAGUCCCCAUCUGUUGGCAGUGUCUUGUGGAGCACCUUUGCCAAGGAAAAGGUCACUGGUGAAGAGGGAGGAAGGGAAAGUAAUACACAUUUGGUGUUGGAAAACAGCCCAACAUUUGACUGAGUGGAAACUGAGCAACUCUGUCUUCAGUGCACAGAUUGGAGCAUUAAGAUCAUGUGAGCUUCUUUGGAAGAAAGCUCUUGAGCUGAUAAAAGGGCACAGUGGAAUCUGCUUGUGUUUUGUCUUCCUCUGUAGCCACUAACUGCCGAAUCUAUGGAACCUAUGUGGAAAAGACAGGCUUCCUUCCCUCCCUCCUUAAGGAUUUUUGUUUAACCACAAAAAACAGGUUCUGUUUCUCUCCUCAGGGUUGGUUUGGGUUUGGUUUUGGGUUUGGUUUGGUUUUUUAUUUUUAUUUUUAAUUUUUCUUUUAUGCUCUAGAGCACAAGGAUAAAAGUGGCAGCUGAGAUCUUUGGAACCAAAGCAGAGCAUGCUGAGCCCAUUAUCUAGGCAGUAGGCCACCAAAGACAGGAGGAUAUAGUGUGGUCCGUGACAAUAUGCCCAUAAACCAGGGCACAUCCAGAGCCCCUAUUAUGUGGCUGCACCAUCCUGUCUCCUCAGCACUGUGUUCUCUUCUCCUGUUUGCUUUUUUGGAUAGUCCAAAGGAAACAGCAGUAGUAACAAUGGAGAAUUAUGUGAACACAUCACACUUUAUGCACUGAAGCCUGCACACCACACAGUUAGGAAAAGACGCCUUCCUCACUGCUGCACAGCCAGUGAGCUCUGCGGCCAUUGUGCUGUCCUGGCUCCCUGCCCUCAUCUGCUGCUUUUGCCGCUUAGAUCGCUUGCCUCCUAAGCCAAUGCUAGAACUUGCUGUCUGUGGCAGAAGGACACCCAAGCUGGUUCUGGAAGAUUAUGUCUGCCUUCUGCCAGAUGCUUCCUGUCCUUUCUUCCUUCCUCCUCAUAUUGCUGUCUCUCUUUGUAUGCAGUUCUGUGCCGCUUCCAUAGCACUGAUUUUAUGACUAUGACUUGGUCCAAAGAUCAUCAUUCCCCUCUUUCUAGAUGUGAUACCUCAUCUUGUCUAGGGACAUUGGCGUAGCCAGAAGAGAACCUACAGAAUGGAAUCCUUGUCACAGCAAUAGCUCCCCAGUCUCUUGACACCUGCCUUCCAGUGGCUGGGAUUCAGGUUGUGUAGAGCUGGUCUGUGGCACCUCUUCUCACCUCCAUGCUCAACAAAGAGGAGGUGGUCAGGGUGCAGCCUGACACAAGGAUUUAUUUCCGGGUAGGUUCAUAGUUGACUCUGCACCUACAUGCUCUCCUCAAGAAACAGGCAGUUACCUAUUCAGUGUUACACAUUUCCUUCCUGCUUUUUAUUAAAACACAGCAGCAGCUGGGGGAAGGGAGAUGAGGGGUUUUAUUUCUGACAAGUUUUAGAAAAAGAAAUACUGUGUACAUGUGUUUGGAACUGUUAAAUUGCCAGGUUUCUGUACAAGUGUUUUGUAAUUAAACUUUUAGAUUUUCUUUAAGAAGUUGAUGUGCUUGCUUGACAUUUGUCUCAUUAAAACUUUUCUGCGUUAAA